AUGUUUGAGUGUACUAAUAUUUGGAUUUACGUUUACACUCUAGGGAACAGCAUAUGGCGCCAGAGUGCAGCUGUUUGGAUCCUGUGUGACUACUUCAGUUGCAGUCGGGAGGCGGAAAGCGAAAAGAUACGCUUCUUGAGUUUAUUGAGGUUACUGAAGCGAAUCCCAGUUUUUCAGAAUUUUAUAAAAAAAAUAAAUGCAUAUCUAUCUAUAUAUCUAUCUAAGUCUGUUCAUAUCUAUCUAUCUAUCUAUCUAUCUAUCUAUCUAUCUAAGUAUGUUCAUAUCUAUCUAUUUCAGUCUGUUCAUAUCUAUCUAUCUAUCUAUCUAUCUCAGUCUAUUCAUAUCUAUCUGGCUGUUCAUAUCUAUCUAUCUAUCUAUCUAUCUAUCUAUCUAUCUAUUACAGUCUGUUCAUAUCUAUCUAUCUAUCUAUCUAUCUAUCUAUCUAUCUAUCUAACUAUCUAUCUAUCUAUCUAUUACAGUCUGUUCAUAUCUAUCUAUCUAUCUAUUUAUUACAGUCUGUUCAUAUCUAUCUAUCUAUCUAUCUAUCUAUCUCUGUUCAUAUCUAUCUCAUUCUGUUCAAAUCUAUCUCAGUCUUUUCAUAUCUAUCUAUCUGCCUGUUCAUCUCUCUCUCUCGCAUCUCUCUCUCUCUCUAUCUAUCUAUCUUAUUAA